ACUGAAUGCAACUCUGCAAAAACUCCCAUGCACCCAACUUGCAUUCUUGAAAAGGAAGAGGUAAGCAACAAGGUUUGUCAGAAGCUCUAUCGAGGUAUGAUAGGCUCUCUUCUCUAUCUGACUGCUACUCGUCCUGAUAUUCUCUUUAGUGUCUGUCUUUGUGCCAGAUUCCAAUCAGAUCCUAGAGAAUCUCAUUUAACAGCAGUUAAGAGAAUUCUUAAGUAUCUGAAAGGAACUCCUAACCUGGGCCUGAUGUAUGAGAAAACAUCAGAGUAUAGACUCUCGGGUUAUUGUGAUGCAGAUUAUGCAGGAGAUAGAAUAGAACGAAAAAGCACUUCUGGAAAUUGCCAGCUUCUGGGAAACAAUCUGAUAUCCUGGGCUAGCAAAAGACAAUCAACAAUUGCUCUAUCAACUGCAGAAGCAGAAUAUAUCUCAGCGUCACUGUGCACAACUCAGAUACUCUGGAUGAAGCAUCAGUUAGAAGAUCUGCAAAUCUUUGAGAGUAACAUUCCUAUCUUUUGUGAUAAUACUGCUGCUAUUUGUUUAAGUAAGAAUCCCAUUCUACAUUCCAGAGCCAAACACAUUGAAAUAAAACAUCAUUUUAUCAGAGACUAUGUUCAGAAAGGGAUAGUAACAUUGAAGUUCAUUGAUACUGAACAUCAAUGGGCAGAUAUCUUUACUAAGCCUCUAGCUGAAGAUAGAUUUCUUUUUAUCUUAGAACAUCUGAACAUUAAAAAUUGCCCUGAAUAAAGU